GAGAGUAGAGGACCUGUUACUGUGCGGUCUUUGUGUUGACAUCUGCGGGGGUUUCAGCGGUAAUAAUAAUAUUUCAACGUUUUUAUUUGUAUAAGUGACUUUCAUUGAUAAAGGGCUGUGUUCAGGAGUCCAAGUAAAGUUUAGACGAUCUUUAUUCUCGUGUUUGAAUGGAUAUUACCAGGUGCACCGAGAAAUGGGUAAAACAAGACAAGGAGAGGCCUCCGACAUCCUCCAUAAUGCUUUCUAGCAAGAAGUCAGAUGCGGGCUCUGCUUCCUCCUCAUCCUCCUCUGCAGGAACAGCAGGGGGUGAAAGGGUCCAGAUGGUUGAUGCACAGACUGGCCCUUCAGCCUCAUCUGGAGGACCCAUGGAUGUCAAAAAGAAAGAAAGGUCUUCCCCUAGUGGGGAGCCCGGAGGAGCACCGUUGCCCCACCAGGCUGGCCCUGGGGGGGCAGAUCAGGACUCAGCUGAAGUCCGUAGGACAAGUCGACGGAAGCGAGCAAAACAGGUGGAGUACCGUGAGAUGGACGAGAGCCUGGCCAAUCUAUCGGAGGACGAAUAUUACUCGGAGGAGGAAAGGAAUGCUAAGGCAGAAAAAGAGAGGAAACAGGUGAUUCCACCGCCGGCUCCACCAGUUGAGGAGGAGAAUGACAGUGAACCAGAGGAACCAUCAGGUGUAGAAGGAGCUGCUUUUCAGAGUCGGCUUCCUCAUGACCGAAUGACAUCACAAGAGGCAGCUUGCUUCCCAGAUAUUAUCAGCGGUCCCCAGCAGACGCAGAAAGUUUUCCUUUACAUCCGCAACCGCACACUACAACUGUGGCUGGACAACCCUAAAAUCCAGCUGACUUUUGAGGCAACAGCGCAGCAGCUUGAAGCUCCAUACAACAGUGAUGCUGUGCUCGUCCACAGGAUACACAGUUAUCUCGAAAGACAUGGUCUCAUUAACUUUGGGAUUUACAAGAGAGUCAAGCCUUUACCCACUAAAAAAACCGGAAAGGUCAUCAUUAUUGGAGGAGGCGUGUCUGGUCUUGCUGCUGCCAGGCAGCUACAAAGCUUUGGUAUGGACGUUACAGUGUUGGAGUCUCGGGAUCGUGUUGGAGGCAGGGUUGCCACAUUUAGGAAGGGCAACUACGUCGCUGACCUGGGAGCCAUGGUGGUUACAGGCCUCGGAGGUAAUCCUAUGGCGGUGGUCAGUAAGCAGGUGAACAUGGAGCUGGCCAAGAUCAAACAGAAGUGUCCACUGUAUGAAGCCAAUGGCCAGGCUGGUGAACGGUGCACAAGUGUGCCAAAAGAAAAAGAUGAAAUGGUGGAGCAGGAGUUCAACAGACUCCUGGAGGCCACCUCCUACCUCAGUCACCAACUGGACUUCAACUUCCUCAACAACAAACCCGUUUCUCUGGGACAGGCGCUGGAGGUGGUCAUCCAACUGCAGGAGAAGCAUGUGAAAGACGAGCAGAUCGAGCACUGGAAAAAGAUUGUAAAAACUCAGGAGGAACUCCGAGACCUUCUCAACAAGAUGGUGUCCACUAAAGAACGGGUGAAGGAGCUCCACCAGCAGUAUAAGGAGGCCAGUGAAGUCAAACCACCCAGAGACAUCACAGCGGAGUUCCUGGUGAAGAGCAAACACCGUGACCUCACCGCGCUCUGCAAAGAGUAUGAUGAGUUGGUGGAGAGUCAUGUCAAACUGGAGGAGAAGCUGCAGGAGCUGGAGGCUAAUCCACCCAGUGAUGUUUACCUUUCAUCCAGGGAUCGUCAGAUUCUAGACUGGCACUUUGCCAACCUGGAGUUUGCCAACGCUACUCCCCUCUCCACCCUCUCCCUCAAACACUGGGAUCAGGAUGACGACUUUGAGUUCACCGGCAGCCACCUGACCGUGAGGAACGGCUACUCCUGCGUUCCCGUGGCUCUGGCCGAAGGAUUAGACAUCAAACUGAACACAGCCGUGAGGCAGGUCCGAUACACGGCAUCUGGCUGUGAAGUGAUAGCAGUCAACACUCGCUCCACGACACAGACCUUCAUCUACAAGUGUGACGCUGUGCUCUGCACUCUGCCUCUGGGGGUGUUGAAGCAGCAGCCUCCUGCUGUGCAGUUUGUUCCCCCGCUGCCUGAGUGGAAAACAUCUGCCAUACAGAGGAUGGGAUUUGGAAACCUCAACAAGGUGGUGUUGUGUUUUGACCGGGUCUUCUGGGAUCCAAGCGUCAACCUGUUCGGUCAUGUCGGCUCCACCACAGCAAGUCGAGGCGAGCUCUUUCUCUUCUGGAACCUGUACAAAGCUCCCAUCCUCCUCGCCCUGAUGGCCGGUGAGGCCGCAGGCAUCAUGGAGAACAUCAGCGAUGAUGUCAUCGUUGGACGCUGCCUGGCCAUUCUUAAAGGGAUAUUUGGCAGCAGUGCGGUGCCACAGCCAAAGGAAACUGUGGUCACACGUUGGCGAGCGGACCCCUGGGCGCGAGGCUCCUACUCCUACGUGGCUGCAGGUUCUUCUGGAAACGACUACGACCUGAUGGCUCAGCCCAUCACGCCGGGCCCUGCUAUACCUGGAGCAUCACAGCCCGUCCCUCGUUUGUUCUUUGCCGGAGAGCACACCAUUAGGAACUACCCCGCCACUGUCCACGGCGCCCUCGACAGUGGGCUGCGCGAGGCCGGACGCAUCGCGGAUCAGUUCCUUGGUGCCAUGUACACACUUCCCAGACAGGCCACUCCCACAGCUGCCAGCAACCCUCCGCAGGCUCAGCCCACCCCCAGUGUGUGAGGGGGUCCGUGCAGCCUCAGGACGCUGGGAGAAACCAUUAACUAAGAGUGUGUGAGAAAAAGGCUGAGGCUGAGACUCCUCCAAAGAACGGGGAACGGCGCUGCCUCUCUGCCUUUUGACUAAAUUAACGACACUUGUCCAGUUUAUUUUCCAGCUGUAUGUAGAAUGUGGAAUUGAAAUUCCACGUGGAUUUGGAAGUUUCUCAGAUACAUUUCUCCAGUAAAAAGAAAAGAGAAUAGAGACGGAUAAAAACUGCUGGGCUGAAAAGACAUCCAAACUUUCUGUUCUUCAACUUUACAAAGGUGUGAAUUCUCCGGUCUUCAAAGUGCAGCAGGACGUUCCUCUCGGUCCUGGGAGUGUUUGGGCCUCAUGCGGAGCGUGUUUGCAGAUGCCAGCGUCUAUUUAUGUGUCCGACUGAAAGCUAUGGAACGACUGGAAACUUCCCUCACCGCGUGUUCUCCCAACCUAAAACCAGAUGAUCCGCUGGGCCGAUGACCAGUUCAGUAGCGCCGUGCCAGUCCACUUAAACCGUCUCCACGACGGUUCCCUCUGUUGCUGUUCCAGAGGCCUGGUCUGAAGACUUAAACAAUUGCCAUAAAGCUCUUGGUAAAAGACCUGCGGGGUCUCAGCCCUGUCGGUUAGCUCUCAGUCUGUAGAGAAUAAAAUGUUUGUAUCAGAGCCUAAAAAGAUGUAUGAGCAGGGAUGGGUGAAUGAUUUUGGUUGUUCUGUUUUGACAUAGUUUAACUAUUUUAUUAUGUUCUGUCGUUGCAUACUUUUGUUUUUUUAUAAUGUCAAUUUUUGUUAUUAAAAGAAAUAAGAAACUGUG